CUGAUAGGCGGCACUGACUGGCACUGAUAGGCGGCACUGACGAGCACUGUUGGACGACACUGACGAGCACUGUUAGGUGGCACUGAUUGGCACUGUUAGGCGGCACUGACUGGCACUGAUAGGCGACACUGACUGGCACUGAUAGGUGGCACUGAUUGGCAGCACUGAUAGGUUGGCACUGACUGGCACUGAUGGGUGACAUUGAAAGGCAGCUCAGAUGGACACUGAUAUGUGGCACUGACAGGUGGCACUUCUGGGGCCACACUGAUCAUCAGGGCACACUGAUCAGUGCCCUGAUGAUCACUCGAGAGGAGAGAAAUGCCGAUAACCGGCAUUUCCAUGUUUACAUGUGAUCAGCUGUGAUUGGACACAGCUGA